CGUACUUUAAUCUUCCCCUUGUCUGAAGGUUGUGGCCUGCGAGUUGGACGGUAUGCUAGGCUCCAGAAGAGAGUGCAGUGCACGUGAGUACAGUACUUGCCUUAACUUAGCUAGUGAGAUACUCCCCUUUAAGGAAUUGUACAUGUAUUAGCUGAAAGUGUGAUCGUGAUGUAGUGACAUCUGUGUCCAUUGUCUGUAAUAGGCCCAUGCAAACCAAACUACAGAUCUUGGUGGGGGAUGUCCUGAAAACAGAGCUGCCUUUCUUCGACGUCUGUGUCGCCAAUUUACCCUACCAGGUAAAACUCUUCACCCUCAGUAACCAACACGGACCCAGUUCAGUAAAACCAUAAUAGCCUUUUGGCAAAAAUACCUACGGAUAAAUCUGUUUCUUUGUUGUUUUGCAGAUUUCAUCACCUUUUGUCUUCAAGUUACUUCUGCACAGGCUUUUCUUCAGGUAA